CAAAUCAGCAAUCAGUCAAGCCUGUGUAACAUUCCCUCUAAAUGAAUAACAAAGCAAUGGAAGAGCCAAGGGCACCUGGUCCCAACCCUCUGGAUUCCAUGGAAGAAAUCCCAGAAAGAUUGGAUGAGCAACACGAAACCACAACCAAAAUCCUGGGCUUUCUCAUCCACCCAAACAUCCCCGUGUCGCCCACCAUCAAAAUCGCCGACGUCGGCGCUGGCACGGGCAUCUGGCUUCUUGAUGUAGCCCGCUCUCUACCCUCAACAUGCCAGCUAACCGCAUACGACAAAACCUCCUCCGGCUUUCCUCCGCCCAGCACCUGGCCGGCCAACGUAUCCUUCAAGAUCCAGGACAUGUAUGCCGCCUUCCCGGCUUCUGAGCUGGGGACCUACGACCUCGUCGCGGUUCGCUUCGUCAGCAGCGCCAGCAUCCGCGCGGACUGGACCCGCGCCGUCGACAACCUGGCAACGUUGCUACGGCCCGGCGGCUGGCUGCAGUGGAUCGACAGCUGCAAUUUUGCCUUGUACAACUCGACACCAGGGACUUCGCGCACCGCAUGUCAGGAGAUAUACGACGGGCUGGAUCCCUUUCGUCCUGGUCUUCCUGGUUUCCAUGGCCCCGUCAUCGGCCUCAUGAUGCGCGAGGCUUGCAACGUGCGCAGGCCAGAAGUUUUCCGGGAGGCGGGGCUGGUCGACGUGCACGAGGACGUCUUCUCGACGGAUAGGCUGCAGGACCCAGGGCUGGGAUUCAGGGAUAAGGGCACCAGGAAUAUCAUGGAUUGUUUUCUGGGUUGCUUGGAGGAGCUGGUGGUGGUCGAGGAGAGCGGGUGGACGAAUGAGCGGAUCGAAAGGUUGCGGGCCGAGGCUAUGCGGGAGAUUGAUGCGGGAGUCUAUCACACUCUUGACCAGGUCUGUAUUAUAGGGAGAAAACCGAGCUAGAGCUGACUUUGUGUCACUAGAAAUGAAUUCCUGGUCUCCAGCAUCUCCGUAGUACAGAGCUUUUGUCGGACACGGCGAACUUUUAAGAGCAGCGUUGCCCAGUCGACCCCAGCCCCUUGCCGACAAAUCCAACCACCUUCUCUCUACCUCGA